UAGUUUUUGCUCUGCUGUGGCUGGCUGUGCGCGUGAAGCUCUCCGCCAUGAGCUCGGCUAUCCGUGCGCGAGCGUAAUCGCGCGGUUUUAAGUCGUCUGUUUAUAAUGUACAUACAAUUUUACUUUUUAGCUGUGCAUUAACUCUUGCCCAUGGCUCUUCCGCCCAAUUACCGUCAAGCGCAGAUGGCCGCGGCGACCCCGCCUGCGCCCCAGAGGCCACGGGCGCAAGGCACAACUUCAAAUUCAAGCUCGCCGAUGCCUUCCUCUGCCAACAGCAGCCCUUUCGUGCCAUCCCCACAUGGGCACCCAUCAUUCAAUCCACUCAAGUUGGGAUCACGUGGCGUUGGAGGCGCCGAAAGUCGUGUGCCCAAACCACCAAAGCCACCUGAUAAGCCCCUGAUGCCUUACAUGAGGUACAGUAGAAAGGUAAGAAAAAUGGUGUGGGAUCAGGUGAAGGCUACAAACCCUGACCUGAAGUUGUGGGAAAUCGGCAAAAUAAUCGGUCAGAUGUGGAGAGAACUGCCAGACGAGGCAAAGCAGGAGUACGUCGAUGAUUACGAAACUGAGAAGAUGGAGUACAAUGAGGCACUCAAGUCUUACCAUAGCUCCCCUGCGUACCAGGCGUGGGUGGCAGCCAAAGUUAGGGCCCAGCAAGCUGCCGAAGAAAGGGAGGCCCUUGAACGGAGUCCAUCAGUUGUCAGUUCGUCACUUAUGACAUCUCAGAAAAGUGAUGGCAAGGUUAGCAUACAACCGGCAGAAGAUGAGGAUGGGAUAGGCUCUGGCUCGAUGAGUAAUAGCAUUUACCUUUUGGAAGUCAAGGGUUUGAGUGAUAUCGAUGAGUUCUCUGUGAAGCACAUAGCAGCGUCUCGAUACAUGCGGAAUCACAGGUUGAUUAACGAAAUCUUCAGUGACGCCGUGGUGCCUGACGUGAGGUCAGUUGUCACAACAGCACGAAUGAGUGUUCUCAAGCGUCAGGUGCAGUCCCUCACUAUGCACCAGGAAAAAUUAGAAGCUGAACUGCAGCAGAUAGAGGAAAAAUUUGAAGCCAAAAAGCGAAAGUUCCUUGAAGCCAGUGAGCUGUUCCAGGCAGACUUGAAAAAGCGUUGUGGGAAGACUGUCGACACGGAAACAUACCAAAAGAUGGUGGAGCGGGCUCUGGAGCAGCUGAAGAAGGACAAUGCUGCCAAGGAGGAGCAGCGUGGCAGUAGCGACAGCAAAGGGAAGGAAAAUGAAGAUGGGGCUGACGGUGGCGCGGCGGGCUCGCCUGAAGGUGAAGGAGGGAUUGCCAAGGGGGGAAACGGCCUGCCUGAGCCCAUGGAGACAUCGUCGUCUCCUCCCUGUGCCCCCACGGGAGGGCAGCAGCCAACAGAAGCUUCGGCUGUGCCCGAGGAAGAGGAGGACAAUGAUGAAGAAAGGGGCAGCAGCAGCAGCAGCAGUGCUCUUCCUCCCUCCAGCAAGGAACUUCCAGCAGAGGACACUCAGGAACCAGCAAGCACUGGGGCUGCCACAACGCCUACUCAGCAGCAGCAGCAGCCUCCUGCAACCCCCAUGGAAUGCGAGGACAUGGUGGAAAGCCAGGACUCUCAGGAAAGGAGCGAUGGGGCUUUUUCGGACCAAGAAAGCAAGGAUGCAUCAGGUCACGCUCCCGAAGUUAGCACCAGGCCCAGUGAAAUUCCCAGGAUAGCCAUGGAGUCUCUCAAUCAGGCGACACCAGAAAUGAGCGGACCUCAGUAGAUGUGUCUGUUAUGCCACCAGCAGUUUUUUCCUUUUUAUUUUUAUUAUUAUUAUUAUUCUUUUGCGCAUUAGAGUGUUUGAAAGCUAUUUUUGCCAUACUGCACUUGGUGCUAGAAGUUUUAUAUAUUUUUGAAAGCUUUUUGUAUGAUACAUCUGCACUGGUCAUCAAUGAGGAGCAUCUUCUAGAUUCAUUUGCACAAAGCAUCAUGGUGAAUGUAUUUUAUGACAUGUUGGAACUGCUGUGUGAACAUUUUAGGUAGCGUGAUGACAGCAAAAGCAAGCUUUUUAUCACCUUUUAAUUUUUCCCCCCCCCUGCAUUAUCUGGUAAACUAUUCCUAAUAAUGAGAAGGCAUGGCAAAGCUGGUAGGAAGAUUGUGUAUUUUCUCAAGAGUGCGUCAAGAAUGUGCACCAGAAACGCGUAGCAUGUUGUAGAUAUAAUUGUAGCCGCUCAUGCCAGUUGCAUAUUCAGAUAAAAAUUGCUUGUGGCAGCCCAUCAUUAAAGAAAAAAGUGUUUUGUAUGUCGUUUCUGUGUGCAUUUUAGGCAUAAACAUUGCUGACAAA